AUGGAGAAUCAUCACCAUUUCUCUCCAGAUCAGGAAGAGACAGAAAAUCAAUCUCGCGCUCCACAGCGUCGUCGUCGCCCGCCUCUGUCUUGUACAGUCUGUCGCAAGCGCAAAUUAAAAUGUGACCGCUCUCUGCCUUGCGGGCAAUGCGUGCGUUCAAAGACGACAGCCCAAUGUGUCUUUGUUGGAGCCCAACCUAGUGUGUCUGAAUCUUCUCAGCGACGUAUGUCGCCCCCGCAAUUACCAUAUGGCGUGGAAGAGCAGUCGGGGCGAAAAAGCGGGAUGUUCGUCUUCGACUCGAAAUUGGGGCCGAAUUCGACUUCAAAUCGCGUUUCCAAGCGUGGUCAUUCCGAUGAGCUUCAUGAGCUCCGGACUCGGUUGCGAGUUCUGGAGAAUUCGCUCGGCAAGUCGUCUCAUCUGCAGACGCCGGAGACGUCGGUCUGUGAUGUCUUCUCUGAAGUCGAUACAGCUAAUAGUUCUGAAUAUGUCGGUGUUGAUGACCGCGUGCGAUUCUUGCCGGAUUCAAGUUUCCGCGGGAAGAAGGCUAAGACUCGUUAUUUCGGUCGCAGUCAUUAUACCACUACGCUUUCUUUCUUCCAAGAGAUUGGUGUCUUUAUGCGCCGUUCUCGUUGUCGUGGAGAAGGAAAAGAUAAAGAGUACACUGACAUGAAAAAGUUCAAGACAGAGCUUUGGUCGCGCGAAACCCAGGAUCAUCAACAAAAUUUCCGGGAACAGGCUUUCAGCCUGAAUGAAAUGGUUCCUCAGCGAAAUGUUGCAGACCAUCUGCUUCAGCUGUACCUCGACACUUUCGAGAUGACAUUUCGAAUCCUGCACAUGCCAACCUUUUUGAGUCAGUAUGCUGAUUACUGGGCCAACACCCAGCCAGUUGACAUGGCUUUCGUCACUCAGUUACUCGCCGUGAUGGCUGCUGGCAGUUGUUUCUAUGUCCCACCUCCAGGCCAAGACGACCGGGACAUAUUCCAGAAACCGGCCAUGAAGUGGAUUAUGGCUGUUCAGUCAUACAUCUCGUGCACAUUUGUGAGCCCGGAGAUCAACUUCCGAAUGCUCCAGACCCAGACUCUUCUACUGGUAGCUCGCCUCGGAGUCGCCAGUGAUGGGGAUGUGGCCUGGGCCUCAGCCGGGUCGCUGAUUCGGUCUGCGAUGACGAUGGGUCUGCACCGUGAUCCGACUCGUUUCCACAAGGCUCGACCAUUCUAUUCUGAACUGCGCCGUCGCCUCUGGGCAACUAUCGUCGAGCUGGACCUCAAGAUCUCUCUCGACCGCGGCGUUCCGCCGUCAGUUGACCUAGACGAAUGUGACUGCGAUCCACCGUCCAACUGGGACGAUGCGGACUUGAUACCGGACAUGGAGAAUAAUCCUGCUCCGCUCAGUACUGCCCUUUAUACCCAAAACUUUUACCAAGCUCUCCUCACCAAGACCCUCCCGUUACGCUAUCGAAUCGCCAAAAGAAUAAACGCUCUCCGUUUCAAUCUAUCUUACGACAAAGCCCUCCGAAUGGGUGAUGAACUCUCCCGUUCUAUGCAGCAUGCAUCCUCUCUAUUUGACGACAACGCCCUCAGUAUCGCUCCGGGAGAAUCAGAACGUCACCGAUUCGCCCAAUCCCUCCAUCUCUUUAUCAUGCGCAAAUUCCUCCUCGCCCUCCACCGCCCUUUCUCACUCAGUGUAGCUCGCCUACCCAAAUGCUCUUACUCCCGCAAAAUCUGCCUCGAAGAAUCCCUUGGCAUUCUCUCCCAGAUGGAACUCCCUCUCUCGACGGACGAUAUCCUAUACCCACAUAUCAACCAGCUGGGCAGUGGUAUGUUCCGCGAUGAAACCUUUCACGCUGCAAUCACCGCCUGCGUGGAGCUGUCCCUCCAAGCUAAUGAAAUGAGUACGUCUGCUACAUCCGGGAUGGAUGGUGUCAAUUCCAGCGUGCUCAUGAGCAUGGUCCAGUCCCAGCAAAACGUGAUGAUGCAGGCUGUCGAGCGCACCGCUGAGAAUUUCGGGACACGCAUUGGCCCCGAUGGGAGGGGGUGCAAGCCUUGCUUCUUUCUGAAUAUUAUCAUCGCUUCGGUCAAAUCACGCAUCAAGGGUGAGGAUCCUAUGUGUAAUGUUGAUACGGCCUCGAAGAGGUCCGUUCGCAUUUGCAGGGAGAUCCUGAAUGGUCUUACGUAUGAGGAGGCUAAGAUUAUUGUUGAUAAUCGCCCCGUUCAGACUUCCUUUCCUUCGAGGACAACCCCGGCCUCGGCCACACCGAGUGAUAUUGAUCCUGCAUCACUUCUAUCGACCGACUUUAGUGAUUUUACGCCAAUGGAUCCAGGAGGUUGGUUUGAUGGAUUGGAUUACACUGGCCCGGAGUUGUGGGAUUGGGAUGCCGGUUUGUCUAGCAACCUUCCGACAUUCUCAUGA